CAACGCGCAAGAAACCGGAAGUGCCGGAGCCGCCGCCGCCGUCUUUAAGUGCCGUGUUCACCCCUUCGGUUACCGCCGGCGCCGUCGCCAAGGAAGCCGCUGCAGCCGGGUCUGGAGUGGAGGCGGCGCGGCAUGAAGCGGCGCAGGCCCGCUCCUUAGCGCGCGUCAGGACGGUCCGGGCGGGGCCGGGGAGGGGGGAAGGUGCAGUAUCCGCCCUCUCUCCUUCCCCUUCGCCCGCGAGGCCUGCGCCCCUGCCCACUCGGGCCUCUCCGCCUCUCGGAGGAGCUGCCCGGCGCAUUCUCCCGGUUAGCUAGCUCUGCGGUUUACCCGGCGCGCCGCUCUGCGCGGGCCACGGCCGGUGGUAGAGCCCCAGUUGCCGGAACAGGAAGCCGAGGCUCUCAGAUUCCGAGUCAGCCAACGUUCACUGGGCGCCCCCUGAGCGCUGGGUGCUGGCCGCCGGGCUUCCACGUCCGUUAUCUUAAUUGAGCUUUGCUGGGGUGGGGAGCCGGGUGUUGUCCAGGCUUACAGAUGAGAAGCGGAAGUCCACAGAGGCAAAGGGAUUUGCCUAAAGUCCGACUGUGGCAGACCGGAUUCGGACUGAGAUUUUCUGGUUUCCUAGCUGGUGUUCUUUCUACUGCCCCAUUUCUAGGUCGAUUCCUUCCCUCCUUGUUCACUGGCCCCUUCUCAUUCUAUUUCACCCACCAGGGCAGGAUAGGUUCUUUCCUCUCCUAUUUCAAAAGUGUCCUCUCACACAUUUUUCUUAAGUCUUGGCACCUUCCCAAGUCCCCUUAAUAUUCUCUGCUACACUUCUGCUCUUCUUCAUUCUAGCUCUCAAGGUCUUUGCCCACUUUGUGGUAAUAAACCUCUCAACUAGCAGUGUGGAUCCUGGCGAGUGAAAUAACUAGGCUUCAGUGAGGCUUGGGGUGUUUAAGUGGACAAACUGGCGCCUGGAUUAAAUAUUAAGGAGUGAUAUUUGAGUGGGUCCAGAUUCAAGCGUCAUGUUUUCUAACCCGACAUACUCUUCUCUGAAUGGGAGUCCUAGUGCAUGAGAAGGUGUCUUGACCUCUUAGUCCUGUUGUUGACCGUGUUAGCACAAUUUCACUUUUUCCCCUCCAUUUGCCAGUGACCCGCAUGUCUCUCCAUCACCUGUCAGGGCUAUGAAAGCCUCUGAUUAAAACCGAUAACCAAAUAACGGGUGUAGUCGCAGACUCUGCUCUUUUUUCUUUUACUAAGCCAGAAUUCCAACAAACUUAACACUUCCGUUUUUCAGAGAAGUUACCUAAUUCAGUUAUCAAUAUUUGCGAAGUGUACAUGGAAAGGAAAGAAACAAAAAUGGAGUGCACUGAAAAUGGAUAGUACAUUCUUUAUCUUGUGAAAAUCUUGAUAUUAACAGCAUGUUCUCUUUUUGUAGUAAUAGUUCUUACUGGUUAUUAUACUGAAUCUGUUCUGUCUCCAAUCUGCUAAAUAUGAAUUCUGUAAAAUAAUACAAAUUGACUAUUAUGUAAAAGACAGAAAAACAGGACCAGGCACAGAGAAAUAAAUUUUAUUAUCCAUUAUAUAUCAUUUUGAGAAUUUGUAAUAGCCAUUGAGUAAUCUCACAUCUGUAUUCCUUUUAUACUUUAAAAUAAUUUCUAUAAUUUACCUUUUAAUAUGUAUCCAAAUGUCAGGACUAAACUACUGUGUAGAUAGUCUUUGGAAUAAAUUCAGCUGUACAUUGCUGAAAUAAAAUCAUUUUAUAAUUUUCAGAAAAUGCAGAUACAAAAUAAUCCAGGCAUUGUAUAUUAUUAUCAAAAAAUAUGUAUCAGUUCUAAGUACUAAUUGAAACUUUAGGUAUAAUAUUUUGGGGGCACAUAUCCAUUUUAAUAAUGAUCAACAGGCUUAUAUCUUAUUUCAUUAUCCUGGUGAGCAGGAUUGGAUGGUGAGAAAAGGAAAGACUCCUGUGAGAAGAGAGCAGGAUGAGCAGAGGGAUCUAUGCUUGAAGUCGAGUCACUUGAAAAAGAUCUCUUUGAAUGUGGAAGAGAUCUGAACAGAUGAAAAUACAAUCAGGAAAAUGCAACAUGGCAGCAGCGAUGGAAACAGAACAGCUGGGUGUUGAGAUCUUUGAAACUGCAGAGUGUGAGGAGAAUAUUGAAUCACAGGAUCGGCCUAAAUUGGAGCCAUUUUAUGUCGAGCGAUAUUCCUGGAGUCAGCUUAAAAAGCUGCUUGCUGAUACCAGAAAAUACCAUGGCUACAUGAUGGCUAAGGCACCACAUGAUUUUAUGUUUGUGAAGAGGAAUGACCCAGAUGGGCCUCAUUCGGACAGGAUCUAUUACCUUGCUAUGUCUGGCGAGAACAGAGAAAAUACACUGUUUUAUUCUGAAAUUCCCAAAACCAUCAACAGAGCAGCAGUCUUAAUGCUCUCUUGGAAGCCUCUUUUGGAUCUUUUUCAGGCAACACUGGACUAUGGAAUGUAUUCUCGAGAAGAAGAACUAUUACGGGAAAGAAAACGCAUUGGAACAGUUGGAAUUGCUUCUUAUGAUUAUCACCAAGGAAGUGGAACAUUUCUAUUUCAAGCUGGUAGUGGAAUUUACCAUGUAAAAGAUGGAGGGCCACAAGGAUUUACUCAACAACCCUUACGGCCCAAUUUAGUGGAGACUAGUUGUCCCAACAUUCGGAUGGAUCCAAAACUAUGCCCAGCUGAUCCAGACUGGAUUGCUUUUAUACAUAGCAAUGAUAUUUGGAUAUCAAACAUUGUAACGAGAGAAGAAAGGAGGCUCACUUAUGUGCACAAUGAGCUAGCCAACAUGGAAGAGGAUCCCAGAUCAGCCGGAGUUGCUACCUUUGUUCUUCAAGAAGAAUUUGAUAGAUACUCUGGUUAUUGGUGGUGUCCAGAAGCUGAAACAACUCCCAGUGGCAGUAAAAUUCUUAGAAUUCUAUAUGAAGAAAAUGAUGAAUCUGAGGUGGAAAUUAUUCAUGUUACAUCCCCUAUGUUGGAAACAAGGAGAGCAGAUUCAUUCCGUUACCCUAAAACAGGCACAGCAAAUCCAAAAGUCACUUUUAAGAUGUCAGAAAUACUGAUUGAUGCUGAAGGAAGGAUUAUAGAUGUCAUAGAUAAGGAACUAAUUCAGCCGUUUGAGAUUCUGUUUGAAGGAGUUGAAUAUAUUGCCAGAGCUGGAUGGACUCCAGAGGGAAAAUAUGCAUGGGCCAUCCUACUAGAUCGCUCCCAAACGCGCCUACAGAUAGUGUUGAUCUCACCUGAAUUAUUUAUCCCAGUAGAAGAUGAUGCCAUGGAAAGACAGAGAUUCAUCGAGUCAGUGCCUGACUCUGUGACACCUCUGAUUAUCUAUGAAGAAACAACAGACAUCUGGAUAAAUAUCCAUGACAUCUUUCAUGUUUUUCCCCAAAGUCAUGAAGAUGAAAUUGAAUUUAUUUUUGCCUCUGAAUGCAAAACAGGUUUCCGUCACUUAUAUAAAAUCACAUCCAUUUUAAAGGAGAGCAAAUAUAAACGAUCCAGUGGUGGGCUGCCUGCCCCAAGUGAUUUCAAGUGUCCUAUCAAAGAGGAAAUAGCAAUUACCAGUGGUGAAUGGGAAGUUCUUGGCCGGCAUGGAUCUAAUAUCCAGGUUGAUGAAGUCAGAAAGCUGGUAUAUUUUGAAGGCACCAAAGACUCUCCUUUAGAACAUCACCUGUAUGUGGUCAGUUAUGUAAAUCCUGGAGAGGUGACGAGGCUGACUGACCGUGGUUAUUCACACUCUUGCUGCAUCAGCCGGCAUUGUGACUUCUUUAUAAGUAAGUAUAGUAACCAGAAGAACCCACACUGUGUGUCCCUUUACAAGCUGUCAAGUCCUGACGAUGACCCAACCUGCAAAACAAAAGAAUUCUGGGCCACGCUCUUGGAUUCAGCAGGUCCUCUUCCUGACUAUACCCCUCCAGAAAUUUUUUCUUUUGAAAGCACUACUGGAUUUACAUUGUAUGGGAUGUUGUACAAACCUCAUGAUCUACAACCUGGAAAGAAAUACCCCACUGUGCUGUUUAUAUAUGGUGGUCCUCAGGUGCAGUUGGUGAAUAAUCGGUUUAAAGGCGUGAAGUACUUCCGACUGAACACCCUGGCCUCUCUGGGCUAUGUGGUUGUGGUGAUAGACAACAGGGGGUCCUGCCACCGAGGGCUUAAAUUUGAAGGCGCCUUUAAGUAUAAAAUGGGUCAAAUAGAAAUUGACGAUCAAGUGGAAGGACUCCAGUAUCUAGCCUCUCAAUAUGAUUUCAUUGACUUAGAUCGUGUGGGCAUCCAUGGCUGGUCCUAUGGAGGAUACCUGUCCCUAAUGGCGUUAAUGCAGAGGUCAGAUAUCUUCAGGGUUGCUAUUGCUGGGGCCCCAGUCACUCUGUGGAUCUUCUAUGAUACAGGCUACACGGAACGUUAUAUGGGUCACCCUGACCAGAAUGAACAGGGCUAUUACUUAGGAUCUGUAGCCAUGCAAGCAGAAAAAUUCCCCUCUGAACCAAAUCGUUUACUACUCUUACAUGGGUUCUUGGAUGAGAAUGUUCAUUUUGCACACACCAGUAUAUUACUGAGUUUUUUAGUGAGGGCUGGAAAGCCAUAUGAUUUACAGAUCUAUCCUCAGGAGAGACACAGCAUAAGAGUCCCUGAAUCUGGAGAACAUUAUGAACUGCACCUUUUGCACUACCUUCAAGAAAACCUUGGAUCACGUAUUGCUGCUCUGAAAGUGAUAUAAUUUUGACCUGUGUAGAACUCUGGUAUACACUGGCUGUUUAACCAAAUGAGGAAGUUUAAAUUUAAUCAGUAGAGAAUUGAUCAUCACAUUUUGGUACUUGCCACAUAACAUCUACUUUUGAAAGUACAUCUGGUGCCAUGCAGGUGUUUACAGCUUGUGGAUAGUAAUCUAAUACCUUAACCAUACACACACAAAAUUAAAUGACACAUAUUUCUAAGGGACCCAGCAAUACCUUGAGAAUCACUGAGAAAAAUAAGACAUUAGCACCAUGUAUUCAUACUACCUUAUUUUCAUUUUUAAUAGCAUUAUGAAACCUCAUGGACUUAGUGUAUUUUUACAGUAUACUUCUGAGUUUGUUAAAAUAUGAUGAUAUUAGUGAUUGGCUUGGUUCAAUUCCAGAAUCUCUGACUAGUUACAGAUUUGAUAGCACUUAAAUGUAAUUGAAUAGCUUCUGCUUCAUUGCUUGGGGUGUAUCCAGCAUGUUAUAAAGUAAUCACUAUUAAACCUAAGACUUAACCAAUCAUUAAUGAUUGUUCAAGGUUAAGUUAGUGGCCUCCUAAAGACACUUACUUUGUUUCAUUCAAACUCUGACCAGUUUUUAGCCAAUUUAAAUUGUAUCUAGUAUAAAUGGUUCUCUUUGAUGAUAUGACCGAGUGGGUUUUUCUUUUCACAUAAAGGCAAGUAACUAUAUAUGUAGCAUGAUUAUAAUAUUGAUAAUUACAGGCAGGAAAAUUUUAAUCAGAUAAUUAGAGCUUAAAUAUUUGCAGGCAAUUCCUUUCCCUUUGGGAAAAGAAGAAAGUACACAUUCACUCGUAUUCUUCAGAAAAUUUAGUGGUGCCAUUUUCCAUUGGGUAUUUCCUCACUAAAAUGUUCCAGAGUUUUAGGGCAAUGGAAGGGAAUUUUGGUGGAGUCAGGGAGACCAGGGUGUGGAGAAUGGCAGGGAGAGGAGAAGGCAAGGGUCUGCUUAAGAACUAAGCAGAAGUAUAAUCUGACCAAAAAUACUCAUGAAAAAGUUUAAGAAUUGAAAUUUAAACUCCUAGAAUAUUAGUUAAGGAAACCAGAAUUGAGAAAUCACUCUCUUGCCAACAGUUACAGACUAACAUUAUUCAGGGGAAGAAAAGCUCCUUACAGUUACUUUUACAUUUCUAAUUCUAAUUUUUGUUAUUUUCUUCUUAAUUUUGGAAGCCUUACAAAUUGAAACUUUCUUGAACCUUUAUAAAUUAUUUGAGCAUCAUUUAAAUAUUGUGAUCUUAAAAUACAGAGGUUUCCAGACAACCUCUUUACCAUAAACUGAUCCCCAGCCAGCCAUGACUCUUUUUCAGUGUUCAAGGCUUAUAAGCGAUUUCUUGAAUGGCCAUGACAUUUUCCUGAUUUAGCCCUAGCACUUGACUAUUAAGGGAGCUCAUAGUGCUGAUUGGUGCUGAUUGGGAUCUGUCAUCUUAGAAUCUUAGGGUGCUAGCUGGGUCACAUUGGAGCCAAUGUCAGAGAAGGCACCCAAGAGUUUGACCCUUUUUAUCACAAGCCUCAAUGUUUGGAAAGUCAUUAUCAGUACUUCUAAACAAUGUUCCAAGAGAAAAAAAUUUUAUUCUCUUGUCACCAUUACAGAGUGAAUAGAGUCCUAAUCCUAGAGAGCACAGCCUCCAUUAGUAAAGAUAACUGUGCUUGAGAUGUGGACUUCAUCUUUGAGGGCCACAUGGGAGGUGGGAGAGGUCCAGAGAUGGCAGGGUGACCUGGUGGUUCUGUCCAUGGAGGGGGAUUGGGUUUUGCUGUUUUUGUAUUUAUACUGUAUUAUAGGUACCACACUUUUCCCUAUGACUGUAUAUGUAUUGAUUUUCUUGUUUAUGAUAUUUUCCCAUGCUGAGAUAUGUUUAUAUUCUUUUCAAUGUUAAAUUAAAUUGAUUUGGGUAAUAUUCUUCCCCAAGAAAGUAUUUUCCCCCAUGACUUAAGUUUGUAUCUGAUUACUGAAGACGAUUUUUGUUUGUGGACCUAGUUGGCCUCCGAGGAUAUAUCCUUAUAUAAUAUGCAAAGUAGAAAUGGUAUACAGUAGCUUUUAGACAGUUGUUCAUUUGAAACCUUUUACCCAAUAUCGCUGUGUUUUCAAAAUGGCAUCUCGUAUUUUACCAAACAAACCUUAGAGGAACUUCAUGGACUCUCAGAUUCACAGGUGUUUUCCUUUUGCUUCUUGCCAUCUGCUUUCCUCCCAUCACAAGGAAUGCAUCUGUUUAACUGCCCUGACAGUCAGUUAAAGGCCAUUCGCCUUCUAUAGAGGGGGAAAACACCUGACUGAAUUUGCAUGCAGAAAGACAACUUGACUGAAUUUGAUCUUUAAAAUCAAUGUGAAAAGCAUAGUCAAUUCAGGCAAUCUGUAGAAACCUCACUAAAACUAUUUGUACCCUAUGUAUGGGCAACAAACUAAAAGGCAAGAGUAUAGCAACAUUUUUAAUGAGAACCAAAAAGCACUAGGUUAAACAUCAACGGGGAGUUUUGUAGGUUUGAUAAUUGAGUGCACUUGAACAGCCAUCAGGUAGGUAUGGUUGCUUGUAUGUUGAGCAGCGAGACUCAAGAUCUGAUUCAUCUGGGAUGCUUUUGAAAAGAAAUGCACUCUUGAACCUUACUCUUAGAAAUUUGGAUUUGGUUGAUUAAGUGGAGACCAGGAAUCUGCAUUUCUAACAAGCUUUCCAGGUGACUCUAAAGCAAGUCAUUUGUGGGGCUACUUUAAGAAACUCUCCUAUAGGACUGAGUUGGAUUAAGAAAAUAAUAGGUGAUUUUUACACUGGACUGAUUUUCAAGAACCUAAAACAAUAGUUAAGAUUGCUCCUCAUACAAUAAUUAUUGGCUGUUUUUUCACUCUGAAAGAAGCAGAAGAUAUUAACUAUCUCCCCUUGGUCUGGAGAUUAAUUUUGGAAUGAAGGUUUUUCCCUCUUGCUAUUCCUGGCUUGUUUCCAAUGCCUCAUACAUAAGAGGAAGAAGUCACAAUGCAUGCAUGAUUUUUCAAAAGAAUGAGGUAAUAGAUAACUGAUGCUCACUUUUACUUGUUUUAUUUCUUAAAGAAAAGUGUAUCCCACCUCUCUGUAAUAUUGUCUCUCUUUAGGUGGAAUGAUUCCUAUGAGAUCUCUCAUUACUAUAGAAUUACAGAACUUUCAAGCUAUUAUAUCUUUGAUAUAACCUGAUGUUCUCGUUUUUUAGAGGAGGAACCUCCAUAUAGAGAGAAGAAAAUAUACCCGUGGCCACACAGCCCCUUAGUGCUUUGUCAGUACUAGACUCCAUCCAGAUAUCCCAACUCAUGGUAGUUAAAUGAUAUGUAGAAAAGGCAAAUUUUUAAAGAAGUAUUUAUUAAUAUAUUCCUAUGAAACAUUUUAAAGAUAACAUAAAAUGGUUAAUUUUUCCAUUCUGAAGUAAAUGCUAAGCAUGCUUAUUAAUGAAGCAGUACUUCUAAUUAGUAUAUGACAUUCUGAAGUUAAUUAAAAUUGUUACACUCAACGUGUCUUCCUCAGUGUAGUGGGAGGUUUGGGGCUUGGGAUAUAAAGUGCUUGUUUAAGCCUAGGAACCCAAAUUAGAGCUAUUUAAAGUAAGCAAAGAGACAUGGCCAUAUCUAAACUAAGAUAUGGAAGCUGAGUGUCCGUUCCCAGCGGACAUAGGAAACUUUCCUGACUCACCUUUCCACAGCCCAACCUCACCUGUCCAUCUCGCAGCCUAAAAUAUGAAGGCAUGGUAGUGCAAGGUGCUGGCUCCAGCCUUUUCUUACUUUGUCAAAGGACAGUUCUAGGUAAUCAUUUAAGAAGUCCCUCACAGAGAGAGCAGUAGUGUUUGUAUGUUUGUUUUUAAAUAACCCAAAUACAAAUUAAUGUUGCAUUCAGCGCAAUUGGAGUUCAGGUCUUUAAUUUUAGAACAUAAAGUGCCUGCUGUUUUAAGCAUUGACUUGUAUAAAAAGAACUGCAUGUCUCACUCCAGUAAGUUUAUGGGUUUUCUCAUUUUCAGCUACAUGGCUUUUAAUCAUGUAAAGUGAAACAUUAGUUUUGUUGCAUUUUAUUACAGGUUCUUUGUUGCAAUAAAGAUGCUGCUAAAAUUAA